AUGUAUCCCCAAAGAACUUCUCUUAGCACAACAACUACUAAUAAUUCAUUAACUCAACCACAUUAUAUUCCUUCGUCAUCACCAUCAAUUAAGCGAAAACAUGCUGAAGCUCCACUUGAUCAUGGAAAGCAAACGAAUGAUAUUACCAAUUGUUUGAAAACUGUUAUGAAACAACAAGAAUUACUUGUUGAUGGUUUUCAAGGACUUUGUAAAAGUAAUGAAAAAAUUCAAAAAAUGAUGAUUUCAUUACUUCAUGCAAAUAAACCUGAUCAAGUAUCGGCUAACAAACCAGUUGAAUUAUCAAUCUACAAAUAUAAGGAAAAAAAUCUCUUCGAUUCAAUAUCUCCUAAUUUAUCAAUAACUGCCAUUCAUUGUAAGUUAAUUCGUAAGCUGUAUUCAGAAGAAGAAAUAAUUAAUGGUGAAGCAUUAAAAGUAGAAGAUGAACGAUUUGAAAUUGUAAAAGAAAAAUUUAAUCGGUUUUGGAAACGUGUUGGUGCCAAACAUGUCGGUGGACAAAAACGGGCUGCCCGUAGUCGAAGUAAAAAAGCUCGACGAAAUGAAGAUGAAACUGAUCAAAGAACUGCUUCUGUCAUGGCUGAAAUAAACAGUGAAUUAAACAGUAAAAAUCACUUCGAUGAUGAAUACGAUGAUUAUUAUUAA